CGGACGCUCAAGCGCGAGAGUCCAGCCAGUAGUACGUUAAAUAUUGAGCUGGUCGGUUACACGGGAAACGCGUGUGUUGAACUGAAGUACCCGUUUGAGAAAACCGACACGACGGGCAGUUUUUUUUCCUUUUAUUUCCUCCGUGUUUAUUUCCCCUUUAUUCCCGUCCUGACGUUUGUACGCCGCUUUGUCUGAGCUAGCGAAGCCUAAAAAGACCUAACCGGCUAACUGCUGCCUCAAAGCAGACAUUUCUUUGGAGUUUUUCUCGUCGUUUUUGUUUUUAUAGCUUGUUGCUGAGUUGUGAGUUUUACUGAAGAAACAAUUGAGCGAAUGGUAUUUUUUGUUCCACUAUAGUAGCACCAUAUGUGACCAGUGUUUAUGAAGUCGUGCCGGAUAAUUCACCUCAGAUCCAUCAGCAGCGAGAGCAUGGAAAACGAUUUCCUCGAGCAAGGUUAAGUUCACUGGGACGUCUGGGCUACUUCUGUCCGCUGUCAAAUUCUCCUCCCAGCGUGUUCUGGACCUGUGAAUAGACUUGUCCAGCUUUAUUCUAGGAGGCGUGUGUGAAGGACGUCAGAGUGGAGUAAUGGUGGUUAACGCGGUGCACUGGUUCAGGAAGGGUUUGAGGCUGCACGAUAACCCCUCACUCCUGGAGAGUGUAGUAGGGGCGGACUCUUUACGCUGUAUUUACAUUCUUGACCCCUGGUUUGCAGGUUCAUCCAACGUGGGAAUCAAUAGGUGGAGGUUUUUAUUGCAGUGUCUGGAGGACCUGGAUGCCAGCCUUCGAAAACUCAACUCUCGCCUGUAUGUUAUCAGAGGUCAGCCCACUGAUGUCUUUCCCAGGCUUUUCAAGGAGUGGAAGAUCACGCAUCUGUCAUAUGAGUAUGACUCCGAACCAUUUGGGAAAGAGCGGGAUGCAGCCAUCAAGAAGCUGGCCAACGAGGCAGGGGUGGAGGUCACUGUUAGAAUCUCCCACACACUCUAUGAUCCAGAGAAGAUCAUUGAGCUGAAUGGUGGGCAGUCACCUCUCACAUAUAAGCGUUUUCAGACAAUACUCAGUAGAAUGGAUGCUGUAGAAAUACCAGCAGAGACCAUUACUGCUGAGAUACUAAGCAAAUGUAUCAUGACUGUUGGUGAUGACCAUGACGAGAGGUUUGGUGUGCCCUCACUGGAGGAGCUUGGCUUUGAGACAGAAGGUCUACCAUCUGCUGUGUGGCCAGGAGGAGAGACUGAGGCUCUGACUCGUCUGGAGAGACACUUGGAGAGAAAGGCAUGGGUGGCUAACUUUGAGCGUCCCAGAAUGAAUGCAAAUUCAUUACUAGCCAGCCCUACAGGUCUGAGCCCUUAUCUUCGCUUCGGCUGCCUCUCCUGUAGACUCUUCUACUUUAAACUCACAGACUUGUACAAAAAGGUAAUGAAAAAUAGUGUCCCUCCACUGUCUCUCUACGGCCAGCUGCUAUGGAGAGAGUUCUUCUACACAGCUGCCACAAACAGGCCGUGCUUUGACAAAAUGGAGGGCAACCCAAUCUGUGUGCAGAUCCCAUGGGACCGUAAUGCAGAGGCAUUAGCAAAGUGGGCAGAAGGCAGGACAGGUUUUCCCUGGAUUGAUGCGAUCAUGACUCAGCUGAGGCAGGAGGGGUGGAUUCAUCACCUGGCACGGCAUGCCGUUGCAUGCUUCCUCACCAGAGGAGACCUUUGGAUCAGCUGGGAGGAAGGCGUCAAGGUGUUUGAAGAGUUGUUGCUGGAUGCAGAUUGGAGUGUUAAUGCAGGCAGCUGGAUGUGGCUCUCCUGCAGUUCAUUUUUUCAGCAGUUCUUCCACUGCUACUGCCCAGUGGGUUUUGGUCGCCGCACCGAUCCCAAUGGAGAUUAUAUACGUCGGUAUUUGCCUAUAUUGAGGGGUUUUCCUGCCAAAUACAUCUACGACCCUUGGAAUGCACCAGAAAGUGUACAGAAGCUUGCUAAGUGCAUCAUUGGGACUCACUACCCCAAGCCCAUGGUGAACCAUGCCGAGGCCAGCAGAAUAAACAUUGAGCGCAUGAAACAAAUUUACCAGCAGCUGUCGUGUUACAGAGGCCUUGGGCUUCUGGCCUCUGUGCCGUCCAAUGCCAGUGGUAACGGCGAAGGUGCAGGAGCAAGUCUGAACCCGACAGACAGCACACAGGAGAGCAGUGCUGCAGUGCAACUAAAACUGGCCAACAUUCAAGAAGAGUUGUCAGCAGGCCCAUUGUCCUGUACUGACAAACUAAAUGGCACUAGUUCCCAGUCACCAGCAGGUAUAUCAGGAACUGGUGGAGUAAAAUCUUGGAGACGAGACACCAAGCAAACACAGAGAGACAGAGGAACAGACACCCUAAAGCGACAUAGUGAAGAGUCCGUAUCAAACCGUGGAUGCAAGAUUCAGAAAAAGAACAGUGACGAGCCACCUUCGCAGUGACCACAGCACACACUUCUCAGGCUGCAAGCAGGAUGUAGUCCCAAUGGUAGUAGUUACCAUUAAGCAAUUUUUAGAUAUUGCUUAUCUGCUACAGUGGAUUUAUAAUCUACACACCCCUGUUAAAAUGGCAAGUUUUUGUGCUGGGGGACUUGGUUUAAGAUAAAUCAUGUCAGAAGUUUUCCCACCCUCAGUGUGAAAUGAUAACGUAUAAAGAUUAAAUGAGAAACAAUCAAACAUUUUAGGGAAAAAUAGGAGAGGGGGGAAAAAAAGAAGGUACAGUGACCUUGUUGCAUAAGUGUGCACAUCCUUUUAUAAGGGGGGUGUGGCUGUGUCAAGCUCCUGUUCAUAAAUAAUUAUCAUGCAGCUGUCAUCACUGACAUUAUUCAGAUAAUUUUGUUCAUAAUUUGAUUUCAUACAUCAACUUGGUUUUGUCUGACUGCCGAUGCCAUGGUCUGCGGAAAACUUUGAAAACAUCAGCUGUACUGUGGUACACUGUGAAGGCCAUCAUCAACAAGUGGAGAAAGUGGAGCUCCACUGUGACCUUACUAAGAACAGGACAGCCCUCUAAAAUUUACAAAAGGACAAAAACUUACCAGCGAGGCUGCAAAGAGACCGACGGUAACAUUAAUGGAGCUGACUCUCUGCAUGGGACAACAAUCUCUCGUGUUCUUCAUAUGUUUGUGUUAUGGGCUAGGGUGGCUAGACGGAAGCCCUUUCUCACAAAAAACAUCCAAGCUCAACUAAAUCACCCCAAACAUGUGGUGAAAUGUUUUGUGGUCUGAUUAGGCCAGUUUCAAAAGGAAUGUUUAGUGCACAGAAAGCACAUCAACAAAAAAAAAUCACCAUACCCAUGCUGAAGAAUGGUGGUGGUAGCAUCAUACUUUAGAGCUUCUUUUUUCAGCCAGAACUGGGGCUUUUAACAAGGUGGAGGGAAUCAUGAAUAGCUACAAAUCUCAGCAGAUUUUAGUGCAAAACAUUCUGGUGUCUGCUAGUAAGCUGAAGAGGAAAAGGAAUUUCACUUUUCUAGUACAAAAAUGACCCAAAUCAUACAUCCAAAUCAGAAAAAGGAACGGCUUAUCCAAAUGAUCAAUGUUUUUGAAUGAUCUAGCUAGAGCCCAGAACUGAAUCCAACUAUAAAACUGUGCAGUGACCUGAAGUGGCCUGUGUACAGGAGAUGCCCUUUCAAUUUGAUUGAUCUAAAAUGUUUUUGCAACAAAUAGUGGGGAAAUGUUGACAUGUCAAGAUGUGCCAUGAUAUUUUUCCUCCUAAAAAGUUUGAUUGUUUUUUCACUUUAUUUGUACACUUUGCAAUUGUUUAAAGGUGGGAAAAGAUCCAACAUGUAUUUUUUUUUUUUAUUUCCAUUGUACAUGUGCCCUGUAUGUUAAAGUGCUUACUUAAAGUAAACCUUUUGAUAUGUGAGAUAUGACUGUAAAUCCAGUUCAUAAACUGUGCAUAUUCACUUGAUAUUAUAUGCAUUUAAAACACUGUGUACAACAUUUUAGUGUUUGUGCAAAUGUUUUUUUGGCUUUUUUUUAAAAUGCUUACGUACACUGGUUUUAUGUAGUCAACUGUGUGUCCAUGCACUAAAUUUCCAUGCAUAAGCCUCCAUGUCAGUAUUCCAGACUAGUGUGUAAAUAUUUGCAUGCAUUUUUUUCUUUCAUAUUGGUGUAUCAGUGCCAUAAGGAUGUGCAGUGCAGACACUUUGCAUAUUAUUGUUCAUAUAAUAUCUUGACAUAUAGCCAUGAAUGCAUUUACUGUGUUAAGAGGAAGAGGAGUCCGUCUAACAAAAAGGGUCACUUCUGCUGAAGUGUCUAAAAUGACCCCACUGCUUAUUUUUGUGGAGAGUGUUAACGACGAUCGUGUGUGUGUGUGUGUGUGUGUGUGUGUGUGUGUGUGUGUGUGUGUGUUGAGCAAGUCUGUUUUUGUACCAUUACAGGGACAGUACAGCCUGCUAUGUAAAUAUGCAUGUAAAGUUUUGGCUUAUUGGCAGACAUUAUAUAUUUUUAUAUGGAAAACAAUACCAGUUUUUGUCUGUUUAUUUGUAUGGGCUCUUUAUUAAGAGGUAUUAAAUAAAAAAAAAAAUCAUAUAACAUUUUACUGGUAAUUUAAUCUAGAAUAAGUGUCCUGAUUUCCAAUGGCAGGUGAGUUGUGUAAUCGCCUGUUCUAGGGCAAAAUACAGCACCGCUAUUAAACGACCCAGACCCCUCAACCCACGCAGAUAAACUCCUAGAAAUAAUCAAGGUACGACCUGUCUGCCCUGUUCAAACGCCAAGGUCGGGUUCUGUCCCAAAUGGUCUCUGUUUAAACACAGGGUGCUCCGAAUAGGGUGUAGUAGGCGUUAUUACACAGACUAGUGCACUUGUACAGAGAGGAGGAAGUCAGGGACGUGGUCAUCCCCCAGGCGCACUAGGUGUUGCCAGAUUGAUGUAUUUCCUUCUAUGUGUCAUGUCCAGAGAAAUCCCAUCGCGCUGGCGUACAUGUUAUUGGGGAAUACCUGAAACAGGAAUAUUACUAAGCGUCUGUUUUCGCUUGGUGUGUUUAAAACAAUAAAUCAGCAAGAAAUAUUCAUUCCGAUUGGCAACUCGGGUGUAACUACAGAUGUUCAAAACGCCGAUUCAACAGGAGAGUGGAGUGGAGUAGAGGAGAACAUCCGAGAGACAGAGUUUCAGUUCUUUUUGAAUACCAUCACAGCUGUGUGUAAAUCAGG